AUGAUAUCUAGUGAUGACAAUGAUACACUCACCAAGGAUCUAUCAAUGACAGAGCUCAAGGAAAUAGCAUUCUCCAUGAACCCUACUAGUGCAGCAGGACCUAAUGGCAUGAAUGGGAAGUUCUAUCAAGCCUGCUGGGAAGUGAUCAAGGAAAAUUUACUCAAAGUUGUUUUGUUAUUCUUUAUAGGCAAUCCAAUGCCCAGAUAUAUGACCAAUGCAUGCCUUGCUCUCUUUCCUAAGGUUGAGUUCACUAACAGUCUCACAGAAUUCAGGCCAACCAGUCUCAGCAACUUCAUAAACAAGAUUAUCUCUAAUGUUAUUUGUUCAAGGCUUGCUCCCAUCCUCCCAAAGAUAAUCUCUGCAAACCAAUCUGGCUUUGUAAAGGGCGGGAACAUCUUUUAA